AAACAUCGCUUGGUACAUUGCUUCUGCAGCUUGCUGACUUCUUCAGGUGCAGCAGACAAGAUGGCAGCAGUGAGCUCGCCGUCGUCGUCACCGAGACUACCCUCACCACCGCCCAUCGCAGAGGACCAGGUGGGGCCAACAUCACCUGGGCUCUCGCUAUACGAAGAGCAUGGGAAGGUGCCCGGCGCGAGCAUCACCGAUACAGGCGCUGCACGAAGAAUACGGCCGGGCACGAAAGCGGAGGAUAUACACGAAGGCCCGCCUUUGACCGACCUGCAGAAUAUUGACUCGGCCUUCCAGCUCACAGAACACCUGAAAGCUCUGUACUAUCACCACACACACCCUCCCGACUCCGAAACCACUACCUCAGUCAGCGCCGAGCUUGCCCGUGAACUCGCACGACCUCCAGCAGGGACGUCGAAGGAGAUCUGGUUGUAUGAGCUGGGUCGCUUCCUGAUCCAGAAAACGAACGCCAUCAUUGUCAACCUUUUUGCAGACGAUCCGCCAUGCAGUGCUUCCACCUGCCCCGAGAUGCGAGCCAGCGAGUGGCAAUACCUAUGCGCCGUCCACGACCCUCCCAAGAGCUGUUCUGCCAUCGACUACUGCUGCCACACACUUGACUGGGCUGCCAGCAGUCUCACGAGCAGCAAGAUGUUCCCGUCGCGAUUGGGUCUUGGUUCAGGGCAAACAGGAGGCAAUGACAAGGUUCUGGCGCAGCAGAUGAAGGAGAUCACCAACAUCUUCCGGCGCGUAUACCGUAUCUAUGCGCACGCGUGGUUUCAACAUCGUGAAAUGUUCUGGAGGGUGGAGAGGCAAACUGGCUUGUAUAUUCUGUUUAAGACAGUCUGUGAUGAAUACGGCAUGAUUCAGCCUGAGAACUACACCAUUCCGCCAGAGGCUGAAGGUCACGAGCCAGAUGAGAGCGGGCAAGAGCAGAGCCGGGCGCCGAGUAUACUUGCCAGAGGCGACGAAUCGUUGAAGCCUGCCGGGAAUGAAGUGAUUGCUAAUGGCAACACUACUAAACGGCAUGGUGGCGGCCAAGGACAUAUUCGGAUUCCGUCAAAUGUGACCAUGGUCAUUCAGGAGGAAGCAGAAGAGGAGGAACCUGCGGAGCAAAAGCCCGGCUUAGAGCGCGCAAAUACUGUGGUGCAUAGCAGAGAGCCAUCAGAAGAGCUGCCUACACCGUCGUUGGACGGAUCAGCAUCGAAUGAGCCCCUGGCAGUUACAGACGAGACAGCAGCCACAGCAGCCGCAGCCGCAACGGACGAACCAGCUGCAUCCUCCGACUCCUCGCCCCACGAGCCUGAAGAUGACAGUGGCGAUCAAACGACCAUCCACAUUGACUCCAAGGGUACCACUGUGGAGACGAAGGCGGAUGAGCCCGGCGUCGAGGUCAAGAUCGAGCCUCUCGAUGUUGAUGAAACCAGCGAGCAGAAGACAGAGCACAAGGUAGAGCAAAUCGGAGCAGCCGAGUGAGCUCUUGGACGUUCACGCCUUUCACUUGCUCGGAAACCAUCAGAGUGUGUUUCCGAGCGUGUAGGGCGCGCUAUAACGAGCGACUACGCGAUCCACAGAUGAAACAGAACCAAUCGCAAUCAGCAGGUUUCUCCGCUGGCGGCUUGCAGUGCAAGAUACAAUCAUCGAUAUGGAGCUGGGACAGACAACGAACGCCAUCAAAGGACAAGAUUUGCAAGCGAUCCUAUUUUCAUGGUUGCACGGCAUCGACUAGCAGCAUCGCCACAUCCUUGCCUUGACAAAUCGGGUUCGCGGCCGCCGAUAGAUGGACUCACAUACGCUGGGCGAAUUGCUGGUGACUUGUCUUCGUGGCGUGUACCUCAAAAUGAACCAGAAGACUACACAAAGCCAUAUGGUGAAGAGAUCGAGAAUUGGAGUGCUUUCGCUGCGAUCACGAUUGGCGACCCAACAUCUGCAGCAGCCUAUGUGCUACAUGAGAAAUGUAUCUUUGUCUGCCACAUGCGUGGACCCUCCUUCGACACACAGCUCUCGCAUAGUAUGCGGCGACUCCUUCAGACCUUGAGA